CUGAUGCACGAUCUACUAAAUUCGCGCACACGACUGCUGUACAGUUGUUACGUGAUAGUUAGUGUCGUUGCGCUAUUCUGAGCUGGGUUAUGUUGUGGUUAAUGUUUACACCUAGGGCCAACAGCAGAGCACAGUUUCCUCUUUCUAAACUUUGCAACAUACUACUUACCCGACGUUCGUCAAAAAUGGAAAUGUAUUUUAUGCAAUCAGGCAUCAGACUCCCAUUGGCUGACUCCUGCAGAGAGGGAGGGGCUGUUGAUGGAACUGAAGGCAACAGGUUGGGUGCUGGUGGAGGGGCGGGAUGCCAUCUAUAAGGAGCUGGACUUCAAAACCUUCAACCAGGCUUUUGGCUUCAUGUCCCGAGUAGCUUUGCAAGCAGAGAAGAUGAACCACCAUCCUGAGUGGUUUAAUGUUUACAACAAGGUUCAAAUAACCUUGAUAACGCAUGACUGCGGAGGAUUGUCAAAAAGAGACAUCAAACUGGCCAAGUUUAUUGACCGUGUGGCCCUGACCAUGUAGAUUUGACUGAGUGGCUUUAUAUUUACAUUUGUUUUUUUUCUUCCUAAGUUUUGCUGUAUAAGCUGCUGUAUAUAUCAGAAAAUUAUGCAAUGAAAAAUAUGAAAAUUUAAAAUC